GUCCUACCUCAGGCUCACAGACGCUACUCGUCUGAAGCAGUUGAAGCUCCGUGCGGAGCUCGGCUCACAGAACAGAAGCACACCAAGUCACCAAACAAACAGCGGCUGGAGGAGGAGGAAGCAGCGACCCAUUUGAGCGCCCACAUCCAGUGACCCACUCCGCGCCUCCACCUAGAGGAGACCUCAGAGUUUGUGAGGUCCUCCUUCCCCAUGGCGGCCAUGGCCAGGAGCAACAGCAGCAAUGGCCACGGCUACCACCACGAGGCGUCCACCACUUCCUCCUCCUCUUCCUCCACGUCGUUGGCUCGGGGGCGGAGAUCACUGGAGCAGCAGGUCCCCGGGACACCGGGGCGGCCGUUGCUGUUCCUCACCUCAUCCUCCUCGAGCCCGGCCCACCCCCAGCUCGUCUCCUCGAGGAGGUCGGUACCUUCCAAGUGGGAGGACGCGGAGAAGUGGCUGACGCAGUCGUCCGACCACCGCGGCCAUCACCAUGGCAAGGCGGCCUCCAAGCAGCACCACAUUGGAGGACCGGCGCCGGCAACGGCGAGGAGGACCUCACUAGACGCCAAUGCGCUUGCUUUGUACACACUACCUGCAGAGGUGCUCCUCAAAGACAAGUACACCGACAACGUGGAGCCGUCCAACGAGAGCUUCGUGUUCCGGAGCUCCUACUGCGAGCCGGCCAAUAAUGGCGCUGCGGCGGUGACCUGCGGAGAUGAUGACUUCCACCGGAGGGACGUCGGCACGGAGAUGACGCCCCUGGGGAGCUCCCCGACCUCACGGUGCCACACGCCGGUCAAAAGCACCUCCCCGGCAAGGCACAACACGCCGACGGGCCGGUCGGGGCCCCUUGUGCCGUACAACAGCGGCAGUGGCAUGGACAUCUCGGAGCUGACGGACUGCCAUUUCGCCAAGCUGGACCUGGGCGCGCAGUUCGAUUCCAUGCUCGUCAACUGGAGCUCCAAGGAGGAGGAGGAAGAGGAGGUGUCCAAGAGCCUCAGGCACUUCGAGGCCAGCGCCGGCGACGGCGGCAGAGCCUGCGAUAAGCGGGUUGCCGCCGUCACCGAGUGCCGGUGGGAAGACGAUGAGAGAGCCAAGAGUUGCAUAAGGUAUCAGAGGGAAGAGGCAAAGAUUCAGGCCUGGAUUAACCUGGAGAGUGCCAAAGCUGAAGCACAAUCCAGAAAGCUAGAGGUGAAGAUUCAGAAGAUGCGGUCGAACCUGGAGGAGAAGCUGAUGAAGAGGAUGACGAGCGUGCACAGGCGCGGCGAGGAGUGGCGCGCGGCGGCGCAGGCGCAGCACCUGCAGCAGCUCCGCCGCGCCACCACGGAGCACCAGGCCCGGAGGGUGAAGACGAUCAGCCACCACCUCUCCGGAACAGGGACCGGGAGCAAUGCGUCCUGCGGCUGCUUCCCCUGCAACAGCGACAACAUCAUCAGCGGCAACCUCCUCAACUAUUAGUUACUGUAGGUUAAUUACUGGAGUGCUGCCUAGUUUGACAUCACCAUGUUCCACCUCUCCGAUUAGCGUUCUUCUUUGAUUCUUUCUCACGCUCAAGUUAGUAUCACAACUCUCCGAUUAACGUUCGAGAUAACUUUGUUUUCUCUGGCCAAAA